AUGUUUUUCCCUAAAUCUUCAUUCGCAGCUUUGCUGCUUGCAAUGCCUAUAUCCCAGGUUACUGCGACAUUUGGCGGAUUUCCUACUUCACCCAUCACAACGGACCUCGUGUCAACUAAGCUCAGAUACGCCCGUUCAAUGGGAGGGUAUCCUACUGAGGUUAAAACGGAUCUUCACUCAAUUCCGCAUGCCAACACUCCUCGUUCGGAGCGUAUUAUGGGCAGAGAUGCAGGCUCUGUGAUUUCUGAGGGCGUAAGGUUAUCAAAUGACUUUUGGAAUUAUUUCUGGGACUCCGAUAAACAACACUAUGUAUCCAAAAGACAGACCUCGGAGACGCUCGGAGACUUCAAUGGAACCCUUCUAUGGGGAUAUGUUGUUGGCACUCAAGGCCUCCUUGAAGCCCAGGCUCAGUCUGGCGAGUUUUCAGAUGAGAUUACCGCCGCCCUAGGCACAAAUGGCAUUGGGAAAUUCUUUCAAAGCUCACUCAAUGCAUACACCGCAUGGGUCUACCCGGGGACAGACAAAGAUGCUUACUAUGAUGACAAUGCUCAAGUCGCAAUCGCGUUCCUACGUGCGUACGAGCUCGGACUUCCCGACAAGGCUAUGUACCUUACCCAAGCGCAAAAGGUCAUUGACUUCCUCUCUGGUGGCUGGGACGAAACCAAUGGUGGCGUCACCUGGCAUUAUGGUAAUGCGGGUAGAAACGCCGUCACAACGUCCUUGACUGCCGUGGCCAUGUUGAGACUCGUUAAGCUUGGACAGGUGACCCCAGGAAUGUCUAAGUCUCAGUUGAUGGCGUUCGCGGUCAAGUGUAUCGAGUGGGUUCUUACUGAGCUGCAGGUUGACUCGGGGCUGAUCAAGGAUGGUCCUAACGAUGCACAAAUUUACACUUACAAUACUGGUCUUGCCAUCCAUGCUAUCUCAUUGAUGAACGAGCUUAACCCUAGUUACAACGGCGGAGCCAAGGCGAGGACACUCGUAAACGCGGCACUCGACAGAAGCAAGGGCUUGUUCGACACCAGUGUUACCAACGCUGAACAUAGAUAUUGGUGGGACAAUGUCUUCUUCUGCCAGCUCCUUGUCGAGGGAUUGGCAGAGUACGUCAGAGUCUUUGGCAACGACAACAAAGCUCUUGCUUCACAGAUCAAGACUGAGUUCCAGAGACAUACCGAUUACAUUAUGACCUACUUGAAGGAUGGUAGUGAUGGACUAUACUGGCGAGGUCUUGAGCUCUACACUAUCAAUGAAGACACUCUUGCAGCAUACAAGACUCUUACCGGAGAUACUACAAGACAGCCCAAAUAUGCCCAGGAGGAGAGAUACUACGAUGCGGCUAGCAAGGCUCUUCCAAUUGCCCAGCGUGGAAUGGCAAAGACCGUGAUCGGACAGGGCGGUGUAGCAAGAAUCCUCUUGAUUGCCGCGAGGGAUGAAAAGGAGACUUUUCUGUACAACUUGUAUAUUGCGAGUGCAAGAUAG